AAACAGAUUUUAAUAAUAGUAUUAAUAGUGUUCGUUAUUUUUUCUCCCCAUUUACUACGGUCGUCCUCCGUCGUCUUUCACCACCCACAGCAGCAGUUUAUCUCUGAUUUUUUCUCCCCGGGAACUCCUGGAGGAUUGUUCACGUCUCGAAAUUCCCCAAUUACUCAUCUGUCAAAGCUGAAGUUCCUGAUUCCUACCGAGUCUCUAACUUCACUCCUCGAUUUUAAGUUGUUCGUUGCAUUUCAUAUCUUCUCCUUGAUAUUGUGGGAUUAAGUGACAAUCAGAUAUGCAGGCAUCCAGAGCAAGGUUAUUUAAGGAAUACAAAGAGGUGCAGCGAGAGAAAGUUGUCGAUCCAGAUAUUCAGCUUGUUUGUGAUGAUUCUAACAUAUUUAAAUGGACGGCACUUAUCAAGGGACCAUCAGAGACUCCUUAUGAAGGUGGAGUCUUCCAACUUGCUUUUGCAGUCCCUGAGCAGUAUCCUUUGCAACCACCUCAAGUGCGGUUCUUGACAAAAAUAUUUCAUCCAAAUGUACACUUUAAGGUAUACGUCUUCCUACUUAGGAUGUUUACCUUCUAUUGUUGGUUCCUGGACUUCGGAUAUGAAAUGCUUCUAAAUUGAUCUUUAUUCAGAGAA